AUGCGAAAAGGUCUCGACUGGGAAAGCCGUGAAUCCGUAUCGUCCGUCAUCUCCUCCUCCUCACUGUCUAAUCUCUCAGUGAUCAUCGCCUCCGACGUGUUCUUCGAUCCGUCGACAUUCCGUCCGCUCGUCGACACUUUCGCCCAAUUGUUGAUAAAGUUCGAGCACGCCGUGAUCUACUUCGCAUACCAACAGAGAGACGACAGCUGGACAUUGGCUCCGUAUCUCUCGAAAUAUCCAUUUCUACGUGUCGAAUUGACGAGACGAAUCGAGACCGACAACGAGACGAUCGACAUUUUCACUAUGACAAAAGAAUCCCUUGGUCUGUAUGCUGGAAUUGAGGGCGGAGCGACCGGCUCGAAAUUAGUGAUAAUCGACGCGGCGACGAAUCGUCAAUACACGUCAUCAACGCGCGGAACGAACUUCUUUCUAACGGAUUACACUGUCGUCUGCCAACGAAUCGCCACGUGGAUUCAAGAUGUCUUCGUGGCCGAGGGACUAGAAAUCCGUGAUUUGCGAGCACUCGGCCUCGGCCUAUCCGGUGCGGAAGACGAGGAAUUCAAUCGGAAAUUCGUCGAGGAAUUCCGCCGGAAUCACGGAAAAUCGAUAACCGCCAACUUCUAUUUGACGUCGGAUUCGGUGAUGACGUUAUUGGCAAACUUCCCCGCGGAGGAGAACGGAAUUGUGCUGAUUGCGGGAACUGGGUCGUCGUGUCGAAUGAAACGGAGGGAUGGGGUGGUGAAGGGUGCCGGCGGGUGGGGACAUCAAGUCGGUGAUGGUGGAAGUGCGUUUUGGAUUGCCAGGGAGGCUAUUCAGAUGCUAUUCGACGCUGAGGACGGUUUCAUCACCGACUUCAACACUGACGUCAUCAAAGAGUUGCUCUUCAAACACUAUUCGAUCACCGACAAAACGCGAAUUCUCGAUUUUCUCUACUCGAAUUUCGAAAAACACAAAAUCGCGGAUUUCACCGUCUCGCUGGCGACACGUCUCGAUGACGUGGCGAUUUCAGAAGUUUUUAGACGGGCGGGCGAUAUUUUAGGACGACAUGUGAGAACGGUGGCCAAACAUUUGUCGGAGGAAGACCGAAAAGUGUUGCACAUCGUCCAAAUCGGCGGUGUCUUCCAAUCCUGGCAAGCUCUUCAAAAUGGCUUCGUAAACGCUCUCUCUGGCUCGGGAACCCACAAAAUCAUAAUGUAUGAGCCGUGCGAUUCGCCGGCGGUCGGCGCCGCUGUGCUCGCUGCGAAAGAGCAAAAUGGGAUCUAUUUGGAGCAGAAAGUGAAGAAGAAUGUGCUGAGAGAGAUUGAUUUGUGA